UUAGUAACGGAUCCAAUGGGGCGUAUUUAUUGUUAUGUGGACUCAGCACAGAGCAGAGCACCCGGAAUCUCUGAAAGGACGUACCGGUCCGCCCGAUACGCGUCCCGCCCCCCAACAAGGUUCUUUGGUUGGCUCGCUAUAGUUCCGCCCUUCAUCGUCGGGUGUUUGACACUGCUAAACAGCGCCAUGUAUCGCUCUCUCCGAAACCUUCAGCGAUUAAAUAGCAGCCUCUUAGUAUUGCAAAAGAGCGCCAGUAUCAGAAAAGGCAGGCCCUGCCUCUCUGCAGCCUUUAUUUCGUCUAGAAUGGCCAGUUCGGAAUCAUAUCGGAUCGAGCGGGACACUUUCGGUGAACUGAAAGUUCCCAACGACAAGUACUACGGCGCGCAGACUGUCAGGUCUACGAUGAACUUCAAAAUCGGCGGUGUUACUGAAAGGAUGCCGGUUCAGGUUAUUAAAGCCUUUGGGAUUUUGAAAAGAGCUGCUGCAGAGGUGAACAAGGACUACGGCUUGGACCCAAAGAUUGCAGAUGCCAUUGCGAAGGCUGCAGACGAGGUCAUAGCUGGGAAACUGGAUGAACACUUCCCCCUGGUGGUCUGGCAGACCGGAUCAGGCACUCAGACUAACAUGAAUGUGAAUGAAGUCAUCAGCAACAGGGCCAUUGAGAUUCUGGGAGGGAAGCUGGGUAGCAAGGAUCCAGUGCACCCUAACGACCAUGUCAACAAAAGCCAGAGCUCCAACGACACGUUUCCCACAGCCAUGCACAUUGCGGCUGCCAAGGAGGUCCACGAGGUUCUCCUCCCCGGGCUGCAGACCCUGCACGACGCCCUGGCGCUGAAGGCGGCGCAGUUCCAGGACAUCAUCAAGAUCGGGCGCACCCACACGCAGGACGCCGUACCGCUCUCCCUGGGACAGGAGUUUGGGGGCUAUGUCCAGCAGGUGAAGUACAGCAUUGAGCGCGUGAAGGCGGCCAUGCCAAGGGUGUAUGAGCUAGCAGCCGGGGGCACUGCCGUAGGCACCGGCCUGAACACGCGCAUCGGCUUCGCUGAGAAAGUCGCAGAGAGGGUCUCUGUUCUCACAGGUCUGCCUUUCGUGACGGCGGGCAACAAGUUCGAGGCGCUGGCGGCCCACGACGCCCUGGUGGAGCUGAGCGGGGCGCUGAAUACAGUGGCCUGCAGCAUGAUGAAGAUCGCCAACGACAUCCGCUUCCUGGGCUCGGGACCCCGCUGCGGCCUGGGCGAGCUCAUCCUGCCGGAGAAUGAGCCGGGCAGCAGCAUCAUGCCCGGGAAGGUGAACCCCACGCAGUGUGAAGCCAUGACCAUGGUGGCCGCCCAGGUAAUGGGCAAUCAUGUCGCCGUGACGAUCGGAGGCAGCAACGGACACUUUGAGCUGAAUGUCUUCAAGCCCAUGAUGAUUAAAAACGUGCUGAACUCCGCCCGUCUGCUGGGUGACGCCUCCGUCUCCUUCACCAAGAACUGCAUGGAGGGCAUCGAGGCCAACAGAGAGAGAAUCAACAAGCUGAUGAACGAGUCACUCAUGCUGGUCACGGCGCUCAACCCACACAUCGGUUACGACAAAGCAGCCACGAUCGCCAAGACCGCACACAAGGAGGGCUCGACGCUGAAGGCCACGGCCGUCAAGCUUGGGUACCUGACAGAAGAGCAGUUCGACCAGUGGGUCAAGCCUCACGAAAUGCUGGGUCCCAAGUAGGGCGCUGCAGUGCACUGGGCUUGGGAAAUGCUCACUUCAUCUUUGUACAAUAAAAGAAACUCUCGGUGCAGAA